CAGGACAGGGGGUUAGGGCCGGCGGGAUGGCGCCCCGCUGCCGGCGCUCCUCCUGGCUCGGGCUCCUCCUGGGCCUGGCGCUCGGCUUCGCUCUGGCCUCCCGGUUCUUCCCGCCCCGAGCCGCCCGGCGGAGCGCGCCCCAGCGGCGGGGAGGGGGCGGUGUGUGCGGCCGGCCGGGGCACGGGGGCCGCCAGCAGCCGCCGCCGCCGCCAGGAGAGGCCGAAGCUUCGGCCUCGCGCUUCGUCUACGUGGGGGUGAUGAGCGCCAAGAAGUACCUGAGGAGCCGGGCGGUGGCGGCCCAGCGGACCUGGGCCCGGCACAUCCCCGGCCGGGUGGAGUUCUUCUCCAGCGAGGGCUCGGACCUGAGCCUCCCGCUGCCCCUGGUCGCCCUGCCCGGGGUCGAUGACUCGUACCCGCCGCAGAAGAAGUCGUUCCUGAUGCUCAAGUACAUGGCGGAGCGGCACCUGCAGCAGUUCGAGUGGUUCGUGCGGGCCGACGACGACACCUACAUCCGCGGGGAGCGGCUGGAGAGCUUCCUCCGGGGCCUCAACAGCAGCCAGCCGCUCUACCUGGGCCAGACCGGCCUGGGCACCCCCCAGGAGCUGGGCAAACUGGCGCUCGAGCCCGGCGAGAACUUCUGCAUGGGCGGCCCGGGGGUGAUCCUGAGCCGCGAGCUGCUCCGCCGGGUGCUGCCUCACAUCGGCCAGUGCCUGCGGGAGAUGUACACCACCCACGAGGACCUGGAGAUCGGCCGCUGCGUCCGCAGGUUCACCGGGGUCCAGUGCGCCUGGUCAUACGAGAUGCAGCAGUUAUUUUAUGAAAACUAUGAACAGAAUAAAAAAGGCUACAUCCAAGAUCUACAUAACAGCAAGAUCCAGCGGGCAAUCACUCUACAUCCCAACAAGAGUCCUGAAUAUCAGUACCGGCUCCACAGCUACAUGCUGAGCCGAAAGAUCGCAGAGCUUCGCCAUCGCACUAUUCAGCUUCAUCGGGAGAUCGUGCUGAUGGGCAGGUACGGCAACUCUGAACUUCACAAAGACGACCUUCAGUUGGGAAUCCCACCUUCAUUCAUGCGAUUCCAGCCUCAACACAGAGGAGAGGUGCUGGAGUGGGAGUUCCUGACAGGGAAAUAUCUUUAUUCAGCUUUCGAUGGGCAGCCUCCGCGGAGAGGGAUGGACUCCUCUCAGAAAGAAGCUUUAGAUGACAUUAUCAUGCAGGUGAUGGAAAUGAUCAAUGCAAAUGCCAAGACCAGAGGCCGGAUCAUUGACUUCAAAGAGAUUCAGUAUGGUUACCGAAGGGUUAACCCUAUGUAUGGGGCGGAGUAUGUACUUGACCUACUACUUCUCUAUAAAAAACACAAGGGAAAAAAGAUGACUGUCCCUGUGAGGAGACAUGCUUACCUGCAGCAAACUUUCAGCAAGAUCCAGUUUGCUGAGCAUGAAGAGAUUGAUGCCAAAGAUUUGGCCAAUAGAAUUAACAGUAACUCACGAUCUCUCUUCUUUCUCUCGAAUCCCCUCAAAAUAUUUGUCCCUUUCCAACUUGGAGCUGCUAAUGUUGGGACCAAGGAGCCCAAAGAUAAGAAAAUCAACAUCUUGGUCCCGCUGUCUGGCCGGUUUGAAAUGUUUGCAAGAUUCAUGGAAAACUUUGAAAGAACUUGUCUGAUUUCAAAUCAAAAUGUCAGAUUGGUUAUUUUGCUGUUCAACUCUGAUUCAAAUCCAGACAAAACUAAACAAGUCGAACUGAUGAGAGACUAUCGGGUAAAAUAUCCCAAAGCAGAGGUGCAGCUCUUCCCUGUAGCAGGGGAAUUUUCCAGGGCUCUUGCUCUGCAGCUUGGAGCUGCCCAAUUUAACAAUGAUUCCCUACUCCUGUUUUGUGAUGUUGACUUGAUUUUUACUGUGGAUUUUCUGCAGCGUUGCAGGGAUAAUGCUGUGCCAGGGAAAGGAGCUUACUUUCCAAUUAUCUUCACCCAAUAUGACCCAAAGAUUGUACAUGCAGGGAAAGUUCCUAAUGACAACAAUUAUGCCUUCACAAUACAGACUGGAUUCUGGAGACACUAUGGGUUUGGGAUCACCUGUGUUUACAAAAGUGACCUUCUGCUUGCUGGUGGCUUUGAUGUCUCGAUCCAGGGCUGGGGCAUGGAGGAUGUAGAUCUCUUCAACAAAUUCAUUGAAGUUGGUUUAAAGCCAUUCAGGAGCCAAGAAGUUGGAAUUGUCCACAUCUACCAUCCAAUCUAUUGUGACACAAACCUGGAAGCGAAACAAUAUAAGAUGUGUAUGGCCUCCAAAGCUUCAGCCUAUGGUUCCACGCAGCAACUGGCAGAGCUAUGGCUGGAGAAACAAAGACUCAAUCUCAGCAAAAGCAACAAUCAUGAUUUAAAGAGGACAUCCUAACAUCCAGCUUGGCUGGAGAACUCUAAUUUAUUUUUUAAAUAUUUUUAUUGUUUUAUUAAAACAGUAGCAGAUAUUGUAAAUAAAUAAAUGUUUUACAGGCAAAAGGUCAUUUUACUUUGAAUAAAGAAACUGUGAUGAGUGUUCACAUCAGCAUUUCUGGCUGCACAGACCCUGUUUUACUGUUCAGGUGAAUGGCAGGACUAGAAUGAAGAAUCAGAUUAUCUCACAUGACUGGCUAUGUUCCAGUUAGAGCAGGGAGAUGGCUAUGGUUACCAGCCUCAAUGAGAAGAGAAUGUCUAGCUCCCUGUGGCUUUCUGAAUCUAACUUAUAAUGUGAAUAAUUUUGGGUUGAUAUUUAAAUUUGAAACAACUGUGCCCACUUUAUAGCAGCUGGGCCAUUGCACACUGACAGAAGUUGUGACUUCAUCCUAUGUUUUGCUGACGAACUGGGGUGUUGGGACUUAGUUGUUGACUUCAUUCCUUUUUUCCUCAGUCAGAAUGUACUGAGCUUAGUCGUUACUUCACAAUAUUGGCACCUUAAGUGCUAACUUCAACAAGUGUUAUGUAUGUUUAGGAAUGUUUGUGAUGUUUUAUGCAAUGACCAUUUUUUCCAAAGAUUUACGUUGAUUUAACUUCCCUGGUGGCAUGUGAUUCAGCAUCUUGUACUGACUGUCCAGGAUUGGCACUGUAUUUGCAGCAUCCUCAACAUGUCUUUUCCCAGCUCUAGUCACACACGGUUGUUACUUUUAUCUUCCUCCCUAUGCCCCUGCCCUCCAAAAAAAAAAAUGUAAUUUCUUGCAGUCCCAAAAUACAGUACAAUUGAACUGUGGCUCUAGUACAAAAGGAAUUUCUUUUUUGACAUAGUGUAACAUUUCCAUAUUUUUUUUGCAAUCCAGAUUAGACCAGAAGGAAAGGAAAUGUAACUAAAUAUUCCCUCAGACACAGAUUCUCCAGCACUGGAUGAACUGAGUGAGAGGCCUUUCACCACUCUUAUCCAGGUGGGUUUUUAUGUUUAGGGCCUGGCUAAAGUAUUGCUUGUGUGUAGUGCACACAUUCGGUACCAGGUCUGUGUACACCAUUUACAGACCUUGUCUAUUUUGGGGUUUGACUUAGAGACUGUGCUCUGACUUUUUCUGGACUGUUGCCAGAGGAUAGUUUAUGCACAGAUGAUCAAACAAUUUUUCCCCAUGUGUGGGCCUUCCGAAGGAGAUUCCCUCCCUCCAGGAUCAGUUGAUUUUACUUUAGGGUUCCCUCCCCAACUAUUAACCCCCUCUAUAGUUGUACACUCCUUUUUUAAAGGUUCCAAUCGAGCCCAAGUCAACUCCUUUCCUUGGAGCCCUUCAGCUCAAACCAAAUGAGUCAUUCACUUUUUGUGUAUAGGCUAUUACAGUUACCAUUUUAAGGAAAAUUGUUGUUUCAGGCAAGCAAAAAAUGCUAGUGUUUAUAACCCAGCCUGUUUUUGGCCUGCGGUCACUGUACAACUGGAUGGAGCAGUUGUUGGUAGCAUCAUCUCCAGGGAGAUGAAGAUACAGCUCCUGAGCAUUUAAAAAUACUUCAUGUAAACAAAUGGAAGAAGAAUCUAGUUUGGCAACAUCAAUUAUUUAUCUUUUUAAAACCUUUCAGAAAAACUGCAUUCUUCCUUUUAAACGUGGAUGGGAACUUAAGACUAUAGGCGGGAUCUCCCACACAGUCCUGCCGCCGGGAUCUUCCACCGGGUCCUGCCGCCGCCGGGAUCUUCCACCGGGUCCCGCCGCUGCCGGUCAAUGGACUCCUGGCUGGCGCACCAACUCACCCCUCAGCGGGUUCCACCCGUGACUGGGCUGGAAAACCCCGACCUGUGCUUCAAGCUAAUCCUUUGUUUGAAUCUGAGAAGCACACUUUAAACUUUCAGAUGCAGUUGGUUUUUUAAUCUAACUUUCACCGUGUGCUGUCUGCUGAUCCUAUGUAAAACUUUGAUACUUUUACUGCAAACCAGUGCCACAGUGUGCUCAUGGCUCAAGGUGCCAACAGAGCAUCUCCUGCUGAAACAACAGCACAAAGCCAGUUAACCAGAUGCUGUGCUAUUUGUGAAAUGUUACUUACGUAGCUUACUUUAAGUUACAUUUUGCAUUAUUUUCAGCCACCUCCUGUGACUUGUUUAUUUCUUGUGUGUGUGCAUAUUUUGUGUUUUUAUUUUCAGACAACCAGGCAGCAGAAAGUGUGUGGAGAACGAAUGGAACUAUUGAGCACCUCCUUGGUGCAAAUUACACACCAUUUUGCCUUCCCAUGACUGCUCACUGCAGUGGAAUCAGAUCCCCUGUUCUUUAUUAAUUACAAUUUCCACAACUCAAUGCCUGGCAGAAUCCAAUGCUCAUAGCCACAAAUUAAAUAUUUAGUAACAAACGAGACAAGAUUUCAGCUCUGUGCAUAGGAUCAAUAUUUCUGUGCUGAUACUUUUUAUUCCACAAUUGUCGAAGGUGAUUUUAUGUGAUUUACACAUAAACAUGCAUUAUUAUACCGACACACUACUGAAUUUUCUCAUUCUCCAUUGAGUGAUAUAGCAAAACUGCCUGUUCUAUUCCUCUCAUUAAUACGCUCAGCUCCUGACAAUUGCCCUCUGUAUUGGACUAAAAACACAAACUAUUGUUUUUUUUGGGACAACCUAAUUAUGUUUACAUUAUAUUUAUAUUAAGGAGAGAUGGUGGAGUAGUGGUAAUGUCAUUGAACAAACCCAGGGACCCAGGCUGAAGUUCUGGGGACAUGGGUUCAAAUCCCACCAAGGCAGCUGGUAGAAUUUCAAUUCAAUUAAUUAACAAAAUCUGGAAUUGGAAGUUGGUCUGUGAUGGUGACCACAAAAUUAUCAUUGAUUGUUAUAAAACCCAUCUGGUUCACUGAUGUCCUUUAGGGAAGGAAAUCUGCCAUCCUUACCUGGUCUGACCUACAUGUGACUCCAGACCCACAGCAAUGUGGUUGACUCUCAACCGCCCUCUGAAAUUGCCAAGCAAGCCACUCCAUUCAAGGGCAGUUAGGGAUGGGUAAUAAAUGCUGACCUUGCCAGUGAUACCCACAUCCCAUGAAAUGAAUUUAAAAUAAAAGGACACCUCUAACCAUACAGUGUAUUUAGUUUUGUCAUUGCUUUCUGCUUAUUAAAGAAUAUUGCAUACAGUGUUUUCUUUUCAUGCCUAGUUAAUGAGAAUAUUAGUGGGAUUUCUUCUCAUCCAUUGAAUUAACUGUUUAAUGCAUUUUACUACAGAUCUACAAAAAUUUAAAGGGAAAGAUUUUUUAAACCAAAUUUUUGUUAUGAAUGUACACUGCCACAAUUGCAGCUGAAACCAGCUGUGGCGAUACUGAUAUGUUUUGUAUUUGUGUGUGUGUGUACAUGCCUGUGUGAUAGGGAUUCUGCAAGUUCAUUAUGGAUACAUUUGUAAUUUUGCAGUGGAAUAACUGUUUAAGCUGGUUGAUGUAAUCAAGAUAUCUCCAGAAUUGCAGAGAGAUCCACACUGAGGGACAGCCAAAGGCUGGGCUUUCUUUGUAUCAUGCAUACCUCCUGAAGAAUUUGGGAUGAUUUGUUUGAGAGAAUUUGAUUUUUUUUAAUUAAAAAGUUGCAAUUUAGCAACUAUCUAUGAAUAGUAAGUAUAACUAUCUAUGAAUAGUGUUAUCUGCCUUUUAACUGGUAAAGUUCUGAAAUUUUGCAAUGCAAAUCUCCAUGCAAAAUUCUUAAAAGUUCCUGUGUACUGAUUUGUGUACAUACUGUUUAUUAAAAAUGAAUAAAAUUUA